AUGGGCUGCCAUGCGAGCAGGCCGCAGGAAUACGACGACCUUGCCGGCCUGGCCAGUGCCAUCAGCAGCGGGCUCGAGGAGGAGCGGGCAGAGACAACCAUCCCAGCCAAUGCCGAAGCGGCGCCGGCCGCCGCCCUCCCCUCCGCUACCGAUCUCGGCGUGGACGACGAGAGGCUGGCGGAGUGGCGCAAGCUCGGCGGCGGCGACCUGGAGCCGGUCCUCACGAGCGGCGCCGUCGCCCUCCUCGACGCGCAGUGGAUCAUCGGCCACGCCGAGGCGGGCGGCGUCCUCACCCACCGCCAGGCGCUGCCCAAAGAGGCCUUCUUCUCCCUCGCUGACCUCGUCGAGGCCACCAUUGGGUUUGGCACGUUUGGCAGACUUCCCGUCGCCGCGCUCUCCUACCCGUGGCUGACCAAGGACCACCCCGACCCGCGCGGAGCCAACCUCGCCCGCGUCGCAAGGGCGCUCAAGGCCCUGCUCAGUGACAGUUCCGGCAAUAACAGGCUGCGGCUCGGCGUCUUUUGGGACUUCGGCUCGCUGCACCAGCACCCCGACCCCGCCAACGGCGUCGAGCGCACCGAGGAGCAGAACGCGCUCUUCAAGCAGGGGCUGGGCUGCCUUGGCACGCUCUACUCCCACCCGCGCACUUGGGUGCUGCGGCUGACCUCCUUCCCGGACGGCCACAAGGCGGAGGACCAGGCCGAGGGCACCAACGUGGCCAAGUACUUUGACCGCGGCUGGUGCUUCACAGAGCAAUGCUGGGCGAGCCUUACCAAGUCCGGCCGCCUCUCCCUCGACCUCGGCAAGAUGCGCGACGGCGUGGAGUACACCUGGGGCGGCCUCAUCAGCGACUGCACCAGCAAUGGCGGCCGGCGCCCUCCGCUGCUGCCGUCUGCGUUCGCGGCGGAGCUGGAGAUGAAGGGCUUCACGAACGGCAAGGACGACAAGCCGCUGGUGAAGCGGCUGUACGAGGCCGCCUUCGAGGAGCAGUUUGGCAAGGCGACCAAGCUGCACUACCAGCGCCUCGGCUGGGGCGACGCGGAGGCGGCGCAGCUGGCGGAGGUCCUCGCGAGCGGGGCAGCGUCGCGGCUCGAGACGCUCCAGCUCUUCGACAACAAGAUUGGCGACGAUGGCGGCAAGGCACUGGCCGCCGUCCUCGGCAAGGAGGGGGCAGCGCCGCGGCUCGAGGCGCUCAAUCUCGAGUUCAACAAGAUUGGCGACGAGGGCUGCAAGGCGCUAGCCGCCGCCCUCGGCAAGGAGGGGGCAGCGCCGCGGCUCGAGACGCUCGAUUUUAGCUUCAACAAGAUUGGCGACGAGGGCUGCAAGGCGCUGGCCGCCGCCCUCAAGGAGGGGGCCGCCCCGAGCUUGAAGGCGCGAGACGCCCCCCUCGCCACACGCCCCUCCCCCGCCCAAUGCCCAUCGCGCCUCCCCUCGCGCCGCCUGAGCAAAAUCGCGAACGGCCCGAGCAGAGAGGGCGACGGCGGAGCACGAGGGAACAACGGAGACGCUACCGAUGACGCGAACCGAGGCACGGGCGACGACGGGGGCGGGGAGGGCGACAGCGACGUCGAGGUUGACGCAACGGUAUCGAGAGCGCCACCCAAAAGGAUGCGGACAGCCAUGGAGGUCACCGAAUGGAGGGCGAACGGCACGAUACGAAAAGGCAGGGCGAGGCGGAUGGAGAAAGAAGCCGCGAGCAGACAGCGCCUGCUGGCCAUCUCGAGACAUUCGCAAAGAACGCUAGCUACAUGGGAGGGCUUCGUGAAGGAUGGAUUGAAAAACAUUCGAACAAAGAAGAGGCGACGGGAGGAACCGGCAGAGGAUGCAGCGGGCCGGCGGUACAUGUCCCGCCACCCUCCGCGCGGCUAG